AUGGCAACUGGUUCCUGGGCAGUGUCCAAUGGUACAACUAACGACUAUACCAAUCAAGAUGUGAAUCGAUCAGUUUCAUGUUCGUUUUGCAACGAAUGCAUUGAGUCACCUGAUAAGCUCAAAGAACAUUUGAUAUUAUGUGGUAACAAAACAGAUCAAUGUCCUAAAUGUGGAAAAUUCAUUCGACGUGCCAUCUUUGCUUAUCACUAUGAAAAUAAUUGCUCGAAUCCAGAAGAACAUAAUGAAGCAUCCGACAAUACUGUUGCUAAUAGAACAAUCUUGACCACAAACGUUUAUGGCAUAAAGAAUUUAAUGGAAUGUAUAUAUUGCUCUGCAAAAGUUGAACGACAAGAUUAUGACUUACACAAAAAAAAUUGUAUUAAAAGUCCGUUGAAUGUUGCAAAGAAAUUACAACAGAAUGCAACCCGUUUUACUGAUCCCACUUUAGGUAUGAAUCAACGUGUUCUAAUGAACGACAUCAAAGACGAAGAAAAUAUUCCUUGCGAAUAUUGUAACGAAUCAAUACCAUGGCGACACUUUAACUAUCAUUCGAAAGCUUGCCAAGAACGAGCACACAAACGAUUAGAAGAGAAAGCACGAGUGAAGGAUGAGAAUCUGAUUGGAAAACAUAUCGAAUGUGUAUAUUGCUCAGCUUCAAUAUCUCCAUAUAUGAUUAAUUCUCAUGAACUUGUUUGCCCGAAACAUCCGCAAAAUAAGACAUCUUUCUCAAACAACAAUAACAUUAGUAACAAUACCACAACUUAUUCAACGAUGACAAUGAGGUCUCAGAUCGAUUCAAGUGAUAAAGAUACUAAUCAUCAGAGACAUGUGUCAACGCCCAGUUACAAUCAGUACCUCGACAACAACGAUGGUAACGUGUCCUUAUUGUGGAUCUUCUGUUCAUCAGUCAUGCAGUAA